AUGCAACUGCCGAGAUAUCUACCUAGUUUAAGGGCCGUUUCUCGAUUGGGGAAAGUGAGCCGGAGAUGCUUCCAUUGUUCAGCCAAAGUUUCGUACCUCAAAGAUCAAGGUGAAGACCAAGGGCAAGGUCAAGGUACUAUUGACCUUGAAUCAGCUUUAAAUGCGUGGAAAAGUGAACAGCCUCCAACUGGAAACUCAAAUGAUAAAUCUGAUGGAGUCAGCUCCUCGGCUCCUCCAGAAUCACAACCACGUCAAAGCUUUUCCAAAGCAUCGGAGUUUGAAUCGUUAUCGUCGCUAAUCAAGAGCGCAUCAAGUGCAAGACAAACUAAACGACCAACAGCAAGAAAAUCGGGGGAAUACGGGUUUGAUUUAGAGUCGUUGCUUUCUACACGCAACUGGAAUUGGAGACGGAAACUGGCGAAACCGGCAUCGCCAAGCUUCCGAAGCAGAGUCACGAUCCAGUCCAUAGACAGCGAAUUGCGGGAUCAGUUGAAUUCGAAGUGCCACGAUGCGUUACGCCCCACCCUUGACAUUUUCAGCCUGAUGCCAACCGCAGUUGAAGUCUACCAGUUCUAUAUGGAGCUCGUGGGCGGCUUGCACGACCAGUUGAACUCGAAAUCCAGCAAAUUGGUCAAGAACGACAUAUACCUCAAGGACACGUUGGACGAAGUGAGCCGGAGCGAAUGGACGCUGAAAUAUACGGAGCUCAUCGACGCCAUCAGCAGCAAAAGCAACCAAAACGCAAGGUCGCCCUUGAUGAACCUACUUUCGUUCCCGAUCAUCACCAACCACGUACUCAAGAUCUUGGGCUCGAGAUUCUUCCAAGCAGAGUUGGCAAUGACGAUCUUCAACUUGUUGAAGCUGGACCUACACUUGCACACCAUAAGCUGCAACCAGCUGACAUACAACCAAAUCUUGACCAUCUUGUGGAUCUACUACGGCAAUGUCGACUUGAUGGAGUUUGAAAAAACCUACCAAGAAAUGAAGCUUUUGGGCUUUCGUGGCGAUUUCGCCACCUACAACAUUCUCAGAGUUGCCAUUGACGAAUACGGCGGCUUGAGAUGGGGCAUUUCCAAGUUCAAUGACUCGGGUUCUCGAGUCAUGACCCGCGAAGAUAAUGCCAGAGUCGCAUACCUCAAGAACGAAGUGGAAGCGUUGAAAUCCGAGCUCAAAAACAGCCCCUUGUAUGAGCCCACACCCGAUGAGCUCUCAAAACAAUUCCGCAAUUCCUGGAGGACCUUCUGA